GCAACGUUGAGCCAGAGUACCAUGCGCUCUCCUGAACAAUAUUUGUCGCAAUGCGAUCAUCUCCCGCAUCGAGAACAUGCAAAUAAUGCCUACGAAGGGAACUUCUCGAAUUCCCCAAUGUCGACAUCAGGCGAACAAACAAGCAGCUCUACCCUCUUGCAACCGACGCGAGAAUCCUUUCAUCACAGCGCGACGAAUGAGUUGGACAAUGGGCCUGGCGUUGAGCUAGAACUCGGUCAAGCCGCCGUGGCGCACCUAGCUUCAAACUCCUUACCAGACAUAGGCUUCCCGGAUGACACUGUCGAUAUCAUGAGUCUUUCGGACCUUGGACCUGAGUUGUCCUUUGACCUCGACCCGCUUGAUUGGGGACUCUUCGAGAAUUCCCUAAUGACCUACCAGGAUGACGGCCUAAACACCACAACAAUUUCGGGCUCCCCAUACCAGGGAAUGUCAUUCUCGGGAAUUGGGCUUAGUCGUUUCGAAAACGACCUUCAAGAAGCAACUGUGGAUCUUAACUUGCCUGUGGGUAUCGAUAUGAUGCAGAUAUCUCCUCUAGAGGCCCACCGCAUACAAAUACUCCAAUGCAUGGAGGAGUCAGGCCUGGACAGGCGCCGAUUGGAGCACUGGCUGAGCCUUGAGAACAUGUCCCUGUUCAUACGCUCAUACUUCGCUUUCUUCCACCAGCAUACGCCACUUAUUCAUUUGCCUUUUUGGAACGUGGCAACUGCUAGUACGCAGCUCAUCUUCUCUAUUCUUUUAAUGGGUGCCAUGUAUUCUGGACAUCUGAACAGCCACAGCAGCGAAGACCGCCAACUGUGUCAUCUUGCACGAUCCUUUGCGUGGAAAUCUGACCCCGACCUAGAGAUCAAGUAUCGAGCGCGGUUAGAUACAAUUCAAGCUGUAUUCCUAGCGACAGUUCUGGAGGCAUUCUACUUCCCUUCGAAAGGAGAUCAUCCGGGAGUUGAUACGACACGGCUCUUUUAUGAAGCCAGAAAGGCACAGGUUUUCAAACGUAUUCACUCUGGACCGGAUCCUCAGAAAUUAAAUUGGGACCAGUGGUCUGUUCAAGAAUGUCGAAUAAGAACCGCGUUCAUAUUC